AUGCCUCGCCGAAGACCUCCAGCACUGAGUCUCGGCAAUGCUCUCUUUUGCAUCUUCGUAUGGCUGCCCCUCAUAGCCACUGCUCAGCAGCAGCAGUCCGCUGGCAACCCCAACAACAACAACCUCCGCAAACGCCCACAGCUCAGCAACGCGCGCUCGUCGCCAGAACUGAGAUCCACCCACAAACACCUAAAAGACACCGCAAUCGACCCUUCAAUUGAGCGCGCCCUUGCGACUUUUGCUCCAGCCGAGUCUGACCCGGCCGUCCGAGCACCUCCUGCACAAUCAUCGGCCUCGUCCGGUGGUCUCUCUUCGCGACACCCGGCGCGGUCUCUGCAGGAUUGGCAAGUCGAGGAUAUUAUUCUCCUGGCGACCGUUGAUGGAAAACUACACGCAAGAGACCGCAGGACCGGCGCGCCAAGAUGGGAGAUAGAGGCCGACAAGCCCAUGAUCGAGACUCUCUAUCACCAUAACGACUCGGACCCAGACGCUCAGCCUGACACCAGCCUCAUCUGGAUCGUCGAGCCUUCCCAAGAUGGAAGCCUUUAUGUCUACUCCUCUGAGCCGCACACCGGCAUGCAGAAACUCGGCUUGUCUGUCAAACAGCUUGUCGAAGAACUGUCGCCAUACGCAGGUGAAGAUCCGCCUGUAGUCUACACCGCCGACAAGAAAAACACUUUGUACACGGUUGACGCAUCCAAUGGACGAAUCCUCAAGAUGUUCAGCUCCAGCGCCUCGACCUUUAACAACAACGAUCAGAACUGCCGCCGAGUUGAUGGACUUGGCUCACUCGAAGACAACGAAUGCGAAACAAUCGGCACUCUUACCCUGGGCAGGACGGAGUACACUGUCUCCAUUGCGGACAAGCUGACCGGCAAUCCUAUCUGCACCAUCCGAUACUUUGAAUGGGGACCCAACAAUCGCGACAAAGACCUACACAAUCAGUACGCUUCGACCAUGGACAGCAAAUACAUCUACACCCAACAUGACGGGAGCGUGGUCGCUGUUGACUACAGAGAGACCAGUAGGUUUGGCAACUCCAUCUUGUACAAACAGAAGUUUUCAUCGCCUGUGGCUCGCGUCUACGAUGUUGUCAGACCUCUUGACGAAGAAAUCCUAGACGCUUCACUUGUCAUUCUGCCCCAGCCAAUCGGCCCUGCUGGUGACGACACAAUUGAACAAGACAAAAUCUUUGUUAACUGCACUGAGUCCGGCAGCUGGUAUGCCAUGUCGGAGCUGCGUUAUCCCACCGUGACUGACGGUGCUUCCAACGCCGUUUGUUAUACUCAGGGUUACGCUCUCCCCGUGGGCACCUUCAACCCUGCCAAGCAACGAGCAAACUUGGUGGGCAUUCACCCUCUUCAUCCCAUGAGCCAGGACCAAAGCGAGAUCCUCACCAUCGGAGGACCGGAUCACUCGCUCAUUGGUUCCCCUAACGCCCAUCAUACCAACAAUGCUCAAGUCAUGCUUCCCCCCACUUCACCUACCUGGGCUGGUGUCUCGUCAUCUGGCUUAAUUGGCUUGCUCGCUCUCAUUGGACUGUUCGCCAUUGUGUCCAAAUGGGUCGAUGUGCAGAAAAUCAUACAACGCCAAGCUGCCGACCCAGUCAAGAUGAAAGAGGCACCAGUCCCGCUUACUUCUGUCCGCUUCCCCGAACCCGCGGAGGAAACAAUCUUUCCUCAGGGAGAAGAAGAAAUUGCUAAGGAGCCAGCUGCAACGGAUGAAGCACCUGUUGAGAUCAAAGUCGACUCACCAACCCGUGCCUCUACUCCAACUCCAGUAGAAGCAGCAGAUAAGCCCACAGAAGAUAAGUCCGCGGAAGAUCAAACACCCGUCAAGCCAAAGAAGAAAGCCACCCGUGGCGUCAGAGGCGGCAGAAAGCAAAAGGAGAAGAAGGAACAGCUCGAAGCGCAGCAGCGUCGUCGCGAAAAUAGCCAGAGCAACAGCGACAAGGAGAGCAACGGCGCGCUUGCUACCCCUGUUCCAAAGGCUCUCUCCAAGAUCGAUAAGAUCGACGGCAUGGACGUGAUCAGUGUUGACGCAUCUGAGAGCCCCAAUGUGUCUGGCAAGAUUCAAAUCAACAAUCUUACUAUCGACACGGAUCGCAUCAUUGGCCACGGAAGUGCCGGAACAUGUGUGUUCGAGGGUAAAUUCGAAGGUCGUGAUGUCGCUGUCAAACGUAUGCUUUCACAGUACUACGAGCUGGCUUCUCAAGAAGUCUCGUUCCUCCAACAAAGCGACCACGACAAGAAUGUUAUCCGCUACUACUGUCAGCAGAAAGACCAGCACUUCUUGUACAUCGCUGUCGAACUCUGCCAAGCAAGUUUGUGGGAUCUGUUCAACCUCCCGGAUAUUCGCGAAGAAGCUCGCUAUCAGCAACUGCAGUCCCUGGCUUCAGCUAUCCAGCGUGAUGCUCGUGGCGCACUCUAUCAGCUUGCAAAGGGACUUUACCAUCUUCACGAUCUUCGCAUCAUCCACCGAGACAUCAAGCCGCAGAACAUCCUCAUUGCCUUCCCCAAGCCAAACAGGCCUCACGAGCUUCGUCUGGUCAUCUCAGACUUUGGCCUGUGCAAGACCCUUCCGGAGAACGUCAGCACUUUGAUCGACCCGACAAGCAAUGCCGGUACCUGCGGCUGGAAAGCUCCUGAGCUUAUUUCGCAGCCCAAGGACACAGCCUCUAACAACGGCCACAGCAACAUCUCACACCCUGGCACGAGCGAAAGCUCCUCCGGCGGCACAAUGGGCGGCGUCAAGCGAGCAGCUGACAUUUUCUCUCUCGGCUGCCUCUUCUUCUGGGUUCUGACUGGCGGCGACCACCCCUACGACGACAAAGAAGGCUGGAUGCAAAUGCGCGAACUCAACAUCAAGAAGAACAAUCUUCAGAACAUGCACAAGUUGGAUCUGGGAUCAGACAGCGAGGAACCCCGCGAGCUCAUCACCGCCAUGCUGUCUCAUAACCCCGAAGACAGACCUUCUGCGUUGCAAGUACUUUGUCACCCUUUCUUCUGGUCGCCAAAGAAACGGCUUGAUUUCCUCUGCGAUGUUUCCGACCACUUUGAACACGAACCCCGUGAUCCGCCUUCGCCUCACCUCUGCGUGCUCGAAUCCUUCGCUUCCACCGUCAUCAUUCCUUUCUCAGCAAAAGCAGAACCAGACUGGCAGCGCAAACUCGACCGCAUCUUCAUCGACACACUCGGCAAACAACGCAAAUACAACGGCACCAAAAUGCUUGAUUUGCUGCGCGCACUGAGGAACAAGAAGAAUCAUUACGAGGACAUGGGUGCGGAUGUCAAGAGGAAAGUGGGCAGUUUGCCGCAAGGGUACUUGGAGUAUUGGACCAGCAGGUUUCCGAUGUUGUUGAUGGCUUGUUUCUGGGCGAUUAAAGAUUGUAGGGUUGAGGGGAAUGCGAGGUUUAGGGGUUAUUAUAGUGUUGGGGAGAGUGAGUGA